UCCGACCAUGUUCGGAACCUACGCGGCCAACACGGAAGCCUGAUUGGUCAAUGACUCGGAACCGAACACCCGCAGUGCCUCCACCAUCGUCUUCCACGCAUUUUCCUCUGACGUAGUCUACGCGUUGCAGAAAAACAUGUUGUCUAGACCUCCAUGUGGUUUGAUCUAGUCGUCUCGCAGCCCCUAGAAACUGGCACUACGUGAGGUCGCACAAUCUGGCGCUAUUGGCUGGCUACGAGGAAUGCCUACAACGCCCGUAGAUCAAACAUCGUGGGUUUUUCAUUGACGCUGUGGUGACGAUACCACGGCCAUCUCAGGCAGUAUUGCACGGCAACACGAUAAAACUCCAGCACCCAAACGCCCAAUCAGGCUGCUCGCGCCAUGUGGAAGCGGAUACCGAAUGACACAUGCGGACAUAUGACCUCACUAACUGCGUAACAACGUGCAAGGGCGGGCUAUGGGUCUUUUGUCUGAGACAGCCAUUGAAAAAGGGCCGUUCCCUCCUUCCGAUUGCUUGGAUCCCAUUCAAUAACAUCAAUCUUCUGAUACCUCCACUCCUAAUACUCUAUCCUACCUUUCCCCCCCAAACAACAACAAUCAGAAUACAACCGAUACAAUGGGUUAUCCAGAGACCACAGAUGCCUUCGCCAUCACUGACAUCAAGAAGUGGAGCGAAUUCACCCGCAAAGAGCUUCCUUUGAAGAAAUUCGAGGAGGAUGACGUCGACAUCGCCGUUGAUGCCUGCGGUGUUUGCGCCUCGGACGUCCACACCAUCACCGGAGGGUGGGGCGAGGACAUCCCCCUCCCUCUUUGCGUAGGCCACGAGAUCAUUGGUAAAGUCAUCAAGGUCGGCUCCAAGGUCAAGAACCUCAAGGUUGGCGAUCGCGCCGGUGUCGGUGCCCAGGUUGGUGCAGACCUCAACUGCGACAACUGCAAAGCAGACAACGAGAACUACUGCCCUAACCAAAUCGACACAUACGGCGCACCUUACUCGGAUGGCACCGUUUCCCAAGGUGGAUACUCCAGCCACGUUCGUGUGCACAACUAUUUCGCUUUCAAGAUCCCCGACAACCUGGAGACUACCAUUGCUGCUCCUAUGCUCUGUGCUGGACUGACAGUGUUCUCACCGCUGAAGAGGCUCAAUGCUGGCAAGGGCAAGCGAGUCGGUGUUAUUGGACUCGGAGGUCUUGGACACUUUGGUGUCAUUUUUGCCAAUGCCUUGGGCGCCGAAACCUAUGUGCUCUCACACUCUCCCGGAAAGAAGGAUGAUGCCUUGAAGAUGGGCGCGAAGGAGUUCAUCUGCACCAACGACAAGGACUGGCACUCGCCCUACAAGUACAAGUUUGACAUCUUGCUCAACUGCGCCGACGCCACCGACAAGUUCAACCUCCCCGAUUACUUCUCCACCCUCAAGCCCAACGGUCACUUCCACAUGGUCGGUAUGCCCGACAAGCCGCUCCCCACCCUCAUGGCGCAGGACUUUAUGCCAACUGGCUGCUACGUCGGUGCAUCCCACAUUGGAAACCGUCCCGAGAUGGAGGAGAUGCUUCAAUUGGCAUCGAAACAGAACAUCAAGAGCUGGGUUGAGACUAUUGACAUCAGCGAAAAGGGCUGCAAAGAGGCCGUAGAGAGGGUGUACAACAACGACAAUGUCCGGUUCAGGUUCACCCUUACCAACUUCGACAAGGUGUUUGGUAAGCGGGCUUAG